AUGAAUACCGAUUUGGCCACAUUCGAUGUAACAUAUCGAAAGCUGAGGAAAAAGUUCGAGAGCAGUCGUCAAAGAGCCAACUCGUCCGAAACUUUGAAAUUCAUAUACAGCAGCCAACUCUCGGGUCGGAACAUUCGAAUCAUCGAACUCCUUCCUGGCGAACCGGGAGAUCAAUUAGCUUGCAAUGUCGCAGAAGCGUCUCUGGAUGAUCCACCAUCAUAUGAGGCGAUAUCAUAUGUUUGGGGCGAUCCUAGCGUCAAGGAACCCGUCCAGUGCAACGGCUGUGUGGUUUUUGUCACUGUCAGCCUUACACAAGCCUUACGCAGGAUCAGGCAUCCUAAGGCGUCGAGACUAGUUUGGGCUGAUGCGAUAGCUCUAAACCAAGAUGAUGAGACUGAGAAGAACCACCAAGUCCGGUUAAUGGGUGAAGUGUACUCGAGGGCUGCGAAGGUCAUCAUCUGGCUGGGUCCGGAUGACGAUCAAGACGUAGCAGUCGCGUGCGCU